AUGUUCAAGUCCAACAAGGCGCCGCUACUGCCGCCCUCCACAGACUAUACAGGCACGCUGCGCGAGACGUCCUUUUACAAGUAUGGCCACCUGCGCCAGCUGGGCAUCACUGGCGAAAUCACGUCGCUGGCCGUCGACCCCCUCCUCUCCCUCGUUGCUGUCGGCACUGGUGCUGGUCUUGUUCACGUCUUUGGCAACAACUCGUUCCAGUUCUCCCUCCCUGUGAGCGUCCCGCUGCCGGGCACGGGACGCAAGCCAGAGGCCAUCAGCUAUCUGGCGUUCCACCCGGGCCACAACCGUCUCGUGGCUAUCGACAGCGGUAACAUGCUGCACUCGUUCGCGCUCGCCGCCAUCACCGACUCGUCCAACCCAAACGUGUCACCACCUCUUCCCACGCGCGAGGCCAACUUUAUCAUCUUUGGCACCGUUAUGGCUAUUGAGCAGCCCCUCCCUAGCUACACACACAUGUUCAUCAACAUGAAGGACGGCGUCACCCUCGCCUGGGACUUGAGACAGCGCACCAUCUCAUCCUUCAACGUCCCCAACCUGUGGGCCAUGCACGAGGAGCGUCUGGUGCGGUCUGGCGUGCCAGGCCGGAACAAGACUCUUGGCGGUCCCAUGGCCACAUGCUCAGCCAUGAACCCACGCGACCUCAACUGCUACCUGAUCGGCUACGAAGGUGGAGUCGUUGCAUACGACUUCCAAAAGGGUGUUAUUGCGAAAUGCUUCGAGAUGACGCUGCCCCCUGGUGCCCCCGGUGGCGGCUCAUACCAGGACACUUCGGCCCUGUGGACAGAACGCACACCCGCUGUCACGUCGAUCGCGUGGCGUCCAGACGGUCUGGUGUUUGCAGUCGGACAUGCGGACGGCUGCAUCAGCUUCUGGGCGUAUGCAGACCCGGACAAGCCAUUGAUGGUCCGUACCCUCACCCACGAGGACGUCAACAUUAUCGACGGCGAAAGCCUUAUGGAGGCCGGCGUGCUCGACAACCAGAUCCGCUCCACGACCGAGUUCGAGGGCAUGCCUGUGCUCCCCGCGGCCAUGGCAAACCGCGAGCCCAUCUACAAGCUCGCGUGGGCCGGGUUCCCUGACCAAGCUGCGAUCAAGACGAUUGCCGCCCUGCCAGACGGUCCUCCCCUCACAAACGCGACUGCUGAAUAUGGCGAGCGUGGCGAAACUUUGCUCAUCGUCCUUGGUGGCCAGAGUCCUGGUGAAAAGCCGGGUAUCAACAUGCUCCAGAUGCCCGCCUACCAGCCGCCUGUGAUCAAUGCCAAGAACGCCCGCUCGGCAAUCUCGGAGGGUCUCUCCCUCACAGACCGCUACGCGUACCGCGACUCGCUCUCGGCGACGGGUUCGUCAAACUACCCAACCAAAACUCCUCCGGAGGACUUUAUCCUCUUGCCACGUAGCAGCCCUUACUUUGCCAUGUCGUUUGACCCAAUCGCCAUCUUUGUGCUCCUUACCCCGGACAAGAAGCUGCCACACACAAUGGCCAUGGCUGAGCGCCAGCUCGAGGCCUACGCUUUCCCUCCUCCUCGCUCCAACGUUCCGCCACCUGUUCUUGGCCGCAAGAACAUCCAGACGCCAGGCGAGGGAGAAACGCUCGUGGCGAUGACACCCGCACCGCGUAUGGGAGCAGCUCCGGUCGCCCAGCGCCAGGCCUCAGCAGCCUCGUGGAAGUUUCCCUGGAGCGCGUCCCCGCCGGCGGGCAGCAGCAGUGCCCCGUCGCUCCACUCCAUUUCGCCGUCGCUGCAGCGCGACAGCCUGCGCCGCCGUUACCGUCUCCCUUCGUUGAUCUGGUCCGGGGGUCUGUCGGUUUUGGGUACCCGCAUUGUGCCCCUGCCCACGCCAACGUUCCAGCGCCUCAUUGAACACACGCUCCACAACAACCAGGAAGCGAACCCUCGUAUUCCUGUUCGUGGCGGCAUGGCCGUGCCCGAUCUUCAGUCCCACGGCGCGCCAGACCUCAAGGUUAUCAAGAUGGAAAACUACCGCAUUCUCGCCACUUGGCACGCCGACUGCACUGUGCGCUUCUGGGACAUUUCGCCGCACCUCCUCGUCCUGCCCACACCGCUGAGGUUCGAGUACCCCAACCCACUUCCCCACCUCACCAUUUCCAUUGGCGAGUGGCUGCGGCACCCGGACCUCUCGCACCUUCCCAUUGCCAAGCAGUGGGCGACCGACCGCUCCCAGGUGCAGAUUGCCAGUGUCUACCUGGCGCGCGAGAGUCUCGAGUGUGUUGUCACGUUUGUGUCUGGUGAAGUCAUCGUCACCAAGUUUGCCCAGGCCAAGGCCGAGUCGGUGCACGAGGCCAACUCGGUGGCCGAGGAAGACGACGAGCGCGACCCGUCGUCACCACGAGCCGACUACUUCCCGCAGCAGCCGGCACAGGGCCACGAUUGGUUUGAGGAGAUCACCGAGAUCGACCACCUUGCCAAGUACGCAACCGACGGGUUCAAGCCCGUGGCGGUGCUCACCGUGCGCCGUGGCGAGGUGGUCACCUGUGCGGUGUCUGAUAUUGGCUUCAUUGCAGUGUCGUACGCCAACAACUCGCUCGCGGUCCUCGACAUGCGCGGUCCCGACGUGAUCCUCCGUGAGGGCUUCAACGAAGAGGGCAAGACUAUGAAGCGCCGCAAGCGCAAGGGCAAUGUGCAAAACUUCCCCAGUGAAAACUCACGUGCCGGCUCGUUGAAGUGGGUGAUCUCGGGUAUGGGCGGCGACCCCAACCCACGUCCCCGCCUGAUCGUGUCGUACGACAAGGGAACGACCAAGAUCUAUGGCUUGCAGAACAUCCUCGGCGAGUGGAUGGUGGAGCAAAAGCCCCCCACGUUCUCUAACGAGUCGCUGGCCGACCCACUGGCCGUAUUCGUCCUUGACCCCACGACCGGUAACGAGCUGUACGCCUCGCCCCAGGCGCUGGCCGACAUGGUCGACCAGGGAGCCCCCAGUGAAGGCAAGUGGACCAAGGAAGCUCCACCGCACUGUCUGUGGAUCGCGGCGUCCAAGCAUGCCAUCCGGUGCUCAAUCAACUACAAUGGUGAACGAGUGUCCAAGGUUGAGGCUCCUGAGCAGGAGGAGUUCAGCGACGUGCACUACAUUACCCGUCACGGCAAGCGCGUCAUUGUCGCCCUCACGACCACGGGCACAGCCCUAUUCUACACUGCGCCGUUCCUCGAGUACAUUACACGCAUGGACCUGUUCUUUGGCGGCACCCCGCGGUCGAUCGGCAAGCUGUCGUUUGACGACCGUUCGGGUGACUUUGUCGAGUACUGCGGACCACUGGACAUUACCCUCCGCACGCUCUUCCAUUUCCGCAAGCCCUUCCCGCCGCGUAUCGACCCGUGCACGCUCAAGACGCCCGUUCCGGCGCAGCCGCAGCCCGUGAGCGCGGGAUACUUUGGCUGGAUGUGGGGCACGAUCCUCACCGGCGCGGCGCUGGAUGCGCUCGUCGCCGGUCCCACCCGGCCCGUUGCACCCAAGCCGCCGCCUGCUCCCCGCAAGCCCCUCAUCACAUGGGGCGCCGCGCCCGAAGAAGUCCGUCCCUCCACAGCCGCGACCAGCACAGUGGCGCCCAAGCGUACCGCGGUUCGCAAGGCCCGCGCGCCCACCGCCGACCAUCGCGAGCGCCGAGACGUCUAUUCCGAGACGACGGACGCGUUCCACCAGCGCGGCGACUACAUUGACCGCAUGGGCGAGAGCGUCAACAACAUGGCCGAGAGUGCACAGGGGUAUCUGAACGCGGCGAAGGAUGCCGCCUUCAAGGAAUCUGCAAAGGCGGGCGCGAGGGGCGUGUUCGCCAAAAUGUUGUAG